CAAAUACGAAAAAAAAUAAUACACACACACACACUCCUACACCCUUUCCUCACACACCAACAACACAACCCACUCCUUUCCCCUACAGCGAGAGCGUCCACCACCGGAACCGCUCGUAUGGUAGGUAUCGGACGCGCUUUCGAAGACGUACGUUUAGUAGCUGCCGGGCCAUCGGCUGGUUCGCACGUGUUUCCUGUCUCCUCCCGACACGCUGACACACGGACGGACGGACGCACUCUCGCGCACACACACACGUACACGUACACGCACGCGCUCCAGGCCACUCCGCUGUCUCGUCUCCCCUCAGUCGGUGAUCUUUAACUUGCGGUGUUCGCUUGUUAAAUUAGUAUUCAUCGUUUUGGAUUCGAUGGAUGUUUAUGAGUGAUUAAGGAGAGUUAUAUAUAUACGUAUAUGUUGUUACUGUGUCGUGGUGUUUAAUUAUAGUGUUCGUGUGUGCGAUACGGACUUAGGAAGAGAAGUCAUGUGUUGUGUUUAGAACUUCGAGACCUGUUGAUGUCAGUGAAGCAAUUCCUUCUGCUCUGAAGACGUGAUCGUCGAUGUGUGUGACGUGAACAAAAAUACACGAAAGGGAAGAACUGAACAGUAGAAUAAGAAAACAAAGGAAUAACAGAAUAAGGAAGAAAAGAGAAGAUAUUUUACCUGCGACUCGACUUGACCUGCCAAGACCCCAAAGCUUGAGACGUCAUGCUGUCCUCUCAGGUCAGCGGACAGGUCACGGCCUGCAUACUUUUGGGCCUACUUAUGACCUGUUUUGACCCAGGAAACUGCGUGUGUUACUUCAGCCUCGAAUACCAAGGAGUUUACGCCACCCAGAGCAUCAUCAGCGGCGGCUCGACCAUCCAGUACCUCGAGGUCGCUAUCGAGGCUGAUUCGAUCCCUAUUUGGGGGAAUUGUCACCGUCGUCUGGGGAAUAAUGUUAUUCUCUAUGAUACCACCGGCGGAACGGACUGCGUGCGCUGUUUCCACCUGCAGUUCCGCUCAAGGCAUAUCCUGGAAGUGCACAACGAAGGGUUGCAAAAAUGCUACACCAAUGAGGACGCCGCAUUGCAAACCUGCCCGACGCUUGAGGACAUUCGCAACAGGCAGACGAGGGAGAUUAUGUUGUAUAAAACCACUACGAUCGAGGGCCAAGCACUUGACCCCGUUUACUGCCCACUCAACGGCCGGUUUCGCAUGACCUACAACAUUAACGACGGCCGGGAGAGUGCCACGGAGUGCCCAGAACCGACCUCGACCCUCGCUAACUGUCCAAGAGGAAAUGCCUUCACUAUGGACCUUCAUCGCUGUAGUUUCGGGGACUUCUCCAAGAGUUACGAGUGCCUAGGAGACUGGGAAGGCACCGACGGCCAGCGUUACUUGGCACUCCAUGACCCGACCGCCCUCGCCGCUGCCAACGCGGACCCGCCCCCGCCUCGAUUCCGUUGCGCUAUGUACAAGCUCGAAGAAGGGACAGGCAGCAUCUUCCUCUCCCUUUCCUACGAUUCCACGUGCAUCAACAAACUCCAUUCUGCCUGGGAGGGCUAUGAGACUCUGGUUCUCACGCCCACGCCGCCCAAAACGCCCGCAUCGGAGGCAACGGCAGCCAAUUGCCAAUUCCCGGACUGGGCACAAGGGCAAUGGGAGAACCUCAAAGUGGAGGGCAAUCAGCUGACCUACACUGACCUCAUCUCCUACAAGACCUACCGGGCGUAUUGCCUCGAGGAGGAGAUCGCCGGCUUGAUCCCAGUCUACACGCAGUCGCAGUGCGGCGACGAGGCCUUCACGUGCCUGGCGAUGCAGGAGAGGAGUUCGAACGUAAUGGAAUUUCAGAUCAGCCCUGACGUGAAGACCAAAUACGAGGCUGGUCUGUGCUCGUCACCUGCCUCGCUUACCUGGGACGCUUGGGUCACUCAAGGCCGUGUCGACAGGUUUAAGCAGUCCCCUUGUCCUGUGGCAGGUGAAUACACAGGUGUUAUCCCAGAUGCAACGAUACUGUGCGCCAAGUUGUAUUCUGAUUGCAAUAAUCCUGAGAUCAUGUUCUACACCGUGUUUUCGUGUUAUAACCGCUCUGAAGUCAUUGAAGAGCGCGAGUACCGUUGCCUCGGCCAGUGGAGCGAGACCACCGUAACCUACACCUACACUGAGCGGCGAGACCAGGCAGGCUACGAGUGUUUCGCGGGCGUCGUGGUGAGCGAUGGCGAGAUCUACAUCAUGGAGGCGGGGGUGAACUGCCAGAGGGGGCUGGAGGCGCUGUCCUACGGGAUGAAGCUGGUGAAGCAAGCGCCCUGCCUGAACGACGCCGCCAUGGCCCCACGCCCAUACACGCCCCCGCCCACCCACACGCCCUGGUGGAACGGCACCCGCAACCCAUGGACCAAGAAGGCCUCCUCCACCACGCCCAAACCCGCGUGGAAAGACACACCGAAGGGCGGCGUAUCUCCUCGCGCUCCGACGCCCAUUCUCGUCCCCGUGGGCGUCCUGGCCUUGCUCUUGGUCUUCUGCCGAGUGUGGGCGUAGGGGGAGCUCGUGACGUCACUGGAGAUUCCUGUUUUUUUUUCGAAGCAAAUCUUUUUUUUUUUUUUUUUUUUGAGGGGGGGUGUUGAUCCGCCCACUUUCCUCGCUUGCUGUGAAAAUGCGUUAUGGGAAUAAUUAAGAUUCUGAGCAUUAUUGUAUUCUAAAGCAUUGCAUUUUAAAAAAAUAUAUAUGCAUUACUUUAUACCAAAUCGUGAGAAGAGAGAGAGAGAGAGAGAGAGAGAGAG